UGAGGAGCGUUCCAUUCGGCCAGCGGUGGGCGGUUGCCACAGCUGGUUUAGGGCCCCGACUAUUGGGGCCCCUUGUCAGGAGGAGGCAGCCUCCAGUCCGGGGAGAAAAACUCCCUGCCACCUUUGGCGGCCGACGCGGUCCCUUGGGACAGUGCACUUCCUGCCCUCAGUAGCUGGCCGAGUUCGGUCUCUCUCGUUCAGGGCUAGAAAUUGGACUUUUGAUGAUGUUUGACCCAGCAGCAUCAAUAGCAGGCAACGUGAUUUUGAAGCUGGUCUCAGCCUCUGUUUCUUCUCUCGUGUAAUCACAAAGCCCACUUUGGACCUGGAAUUCCAAUCAUGUCUGUGAUGGUGGUGAGAAAGAAGGUGACACGGAAAUGGGAGAAACUCCCGGGCAGGAACACCUUUUGCUGUGAUGGCCGUGUCAUGAUGGCCCGGCAAAAGGGGAUCUUCUACUUGACUCUCUUCCUCAUCCUGGGGACCUGCACACUCUUCUUUGCCUUCGAGUGUCGCUACCUGGCUGUCCAGCUGUCUCCUGCCAUCCCUGUGUUUGCUGCUAUGCUCUUCCUUUUCUCCAUGGCCACACUGUUGAGGACCAGUUUCAGUGACCCUGGAGUGAUUCCUCGGGCCCUACCAGAUGAAGCAGCUUUCAUAGAAAUGGAGAUAGAAGCUACCAAUGGUGCAGUGCCCCAGGGCCAGCGACCACCCCCUCGUAUCAAGAAUUUUCAGAUAAACAACCAGAUUGUAAAACUGAAAUACUGUUAUACAUGUAAGAUCUUCCGGCCUCCUCGGGCCUCCCAUUGCAGCAUUUGUGACAACUGUGUGGAGCGAUUUGACCAUCACUGCCCCUGGGUGGGGAACUGUGUUGGAAAGAGGAACUACCGUUACUUCUACCUCUUCAUCCUUUCUCUCUCCCUCCUCACAAUUUAUGUCUUCGCCUUCAACAUCGUCUAUGUGGCCCUCAAAUCCCUGAAAAUUGGCUUCUUGGAGACGUUGAAAGAAACUCCUGGAACUGUUCUAGAAGUCCUCAUUUGCUUCUUCACACUCUGGUCCGUCGUGGGACUGACUGGAUUUCACACUUUCCUCGUGGCUCUCAAUCAGACAACCAAUGAAGACAUCAAAGGAUCAUGGACAGGGAAGAAUCGUGUCCAGAAUCCCUACAGCCAUGGCAACAUUGUGAAGAACUGCUGUGAAGUCCUGUGUGGCCCCUUGCCUCCCAGUGUGCUGGAUCGAAGGGGUAUUUUGCCACUGGAGGAAAGUGGAAGUCGACCUCCUAGUACUCAAGAGACCAAUAGCAGCCUCUUGCCACAGAGCCCAGCCCCAACAGAACACCUGAACUCCAAUGAGAUGCCGGAGGACAACAGCACUCCGGAAGAGAUGCCACCUCCAGAGCCCCCAGAGCCACCACAGGAUGCAGCUGAAGCUGAGAAGUAGCCUAUCUAUGGAAGAGACUUUUGUUUGUGUUUAAUUAGGGCUAUGAGAGAUUUCAGGGGAGAAGAUAUACCCGAGACAGAGAGCAAGUAAGCUGUCCCUUUUACUGUUUUCCUUUGGUCUUUACAUACCCAAUUGCACACUGGCAUUUUCUUGCUGCAAGCUUUUUUUUUUUUUAAAUUUCUGGACUCAAGGCAGUGGCAGAAGAUGUCAGUCACCUCUGGCAACUGGACAAAUGGGUCUUUUGGACCCUGGCACUUAUUUCCCAUGGCCUUAGCCAUGGGGUCUCCUUGGACUCCUCUCCCCACCAGAUCCCAGCUCUCCUGCUUGGGGUCAUUGGUCUCAUUAUGGGGCUAACGAUUCUUGAGACUGGCUCAAGUCCUCAAGAUGCUGCAUGUCCUGAGUCCAGAAGCAGACACAGAAACCUCUGGCCAGGGAAUCCUAACUGGGUUCUUCUCCUUCAGAAUUGAUAAGGAUGGAGAGUGAGGUUGGAGGAUUCUCCUGGCUACAAAGUGCCAGCAUUGCCAGCCAAUCCUUUUAGGAAUGGGGCAGGUACCUUCCUCUUGUAUUUAUUCAUGUAGCUUUUCUCCUUUGUCCCCCAUCCACUCUCUAACACCCAUGUCCCACUCUUUCCCCAUUAGAUAUAUGUAAGUAGUUUUAGUAGAGCUAAAAAUUUACAUUUCUCGUAGAUUCUCCAGGAACUUUUAAUACCUGUGCUAUUCUCAAUAAGAAUUGACAAGAUGCCAAUGGCAUAGCCCCUCACACUCUCUGCCUCAUCUCUCCUCCUUUCUCAUUAGCCCAUUUAAAUUUUUUUUUUCUUUUUACUCUUGCUCCCAAUAGGAGCGGGAACAGCAGUAAUAAAAGUCUACACUUUGGUGAUUCCUUUUCCUCAGAGGAAACCCAAGUGCUCACUUAAACACUACCCCCUCAGAUUCCCUGUGUGAGGCCUACAGAGGCCCUGAAUGCACAAAUGGGGAAAUCAAGGCACAGAGAGGCUCUUCUCUCCUCUCCUCUCCCUCUAUGUCCCCUCAAAAAAAAAAAAAAGGAAAAAGAAAAAAAAAAGAGAAAAAAAAAAGGCUAACCAGUACUUCCAUUAAGCCUUGGCUGAGUGAGGGAAAGCCCAGCACUGCUGCCCUCCCGGGUAACCCACUCCAAGGCCUCAGCCCACCUUGGGCAAUGGUAACCACACCAGGGGCUUCCUCCAAGUCCCACUCUUCCAGCACUUCCACCGGCAGAGUCCCAGAGCCACUUCACCCUGGGGGUGGGCUGUGGCCCCCAGUAAGCUCUGCUCAGGACCUGCACUAUUUCAGGGAAGAAGAUUUAUGUAUUAUAUGUGGCUAUAUUUCCUAAAGCACCUGUGUUUUUCUCUUUCUAAGCCAGGGUCCUGUCUGGAUGAUUUAUGGGGAUGGGGGGAGUGUAAACCAGAACUUUUAAUCUAUUUGAAGGCAAUUAAACUGUGUCUAAUGCAAA